AUCCGGCACUCGGCACUCGGCCGCCGACCCCCGCGCCGCGCGAACGUGUGUGAAGUGCAGUGUUCAUGGACAGCCAACAUGGUGCGUUCCCUGUCUCAGUGGACGAAGACGCUCAGCUUCCCGGCGAGGCUGUCCCCCAACCGCACCUCCAAGGAGAGUGUGGUGAACGUGGCCCCCGGCUCCCCGGGGGUCUCCCCGACCCCCAGCGCCUCCUCGCUCCCCCAAGGAUCGGAUAAAACGGUCUCCCCCAUCCCCAUCACGGAGAUCAGCCAAAUCAUAUACCCGGACCCGGAGUCGGAGAAGGCGAUCAUGGGCUCCGUGGUGUACUGCAUCCACCACAAGGAAGGGUGCCAGUGGUCCGACGAGCUUCGCAAACUCAAGGAUCACCUCCGCUACACCUGUCCCCGCAGGCGAGCCAACUGCGGACAGUGCGGGUAGGAGUUUUCAGGCAGCGCUCUCGAGGAACACCAAGGCAACUGCGGCCACGAGCCGGUGUACUGCGAGAACAAGUGCGGCGCGAAGGUACAGCGGCGGCACACGCAGCAACAUGUCCAGCAGCACUGCAGCAAGCGGCUCGUGCCGUGUAGGCACUGCGGACAGCGGUACACACAGGACACAGUGUCAGCGCACGGCGCGACGUGUGCGCGCGCGCCGGUGCCGUGCCCGCAGUGCUCGGCGGCGGCCGCCCGGGACGAGCUGGAGACGCAUCUCAGGGAUCACUGCUCCGCCGCCGGCGCUUGCGCGUUUAGAGACGCCGGCUGUCGGUUUAAAGGUACCCGCGCGGCCGUGGAGCGGCACACGGAGGAGUCGUGCCAGCAGCACCUGGCGCUGGUGUCGGCGCUGGCGGCGCGGCAGGCGCGGCAGCUGGACUCGCUGCGCGCCGCCGUGGCGCGCCUCUCCGUCAACUGCUCCGGCGCUCUCGUGUGGCGGAUCGGCGACUGGGCCGCCAAGAUGGCCGAGGCGAAAUGCAAAGAUGGCGUCGAGCUGGUGUCACCCGCGUUUUAUACGAGCCAGUACGGAUACAAGUUACAGGCAUCACUGUUCCUAAACGGCAACGGCGCGGGCGAGGCCACCCACAUGUCCGUCUACAUCAAGAUCCUCCCGGGCGAGUACGACGCGCUCCUGCGCUGGCCCUUCGCGCACACCGUCUCUUUCACUCUCUUCGACCAGAGCGCCUCGCCAGACAGAGCCUGCAACAUCGUCGAGUCCUUCGUUCCGGACCCCACGUGGAAGAACUUCCAAAGACCCUCGAAGGAGCCUGACGCGCUCGGGUUCGGCUUUCCUCGGUUUGUCUCGCAUGAGAUGUUGAAGAAGAGGAGCUUUGUGAAAGAUGACGUUAUGUUCUUGAGGGUUAAGGUGGAUCCGAGCAAAAUUGUCGCCGUUUAGGUUAGAAUGUAGGUUGUCAGACAUUUUGAGAAUACCAGUAAUUUUUAUAGUUUUGAGAACAAUAUUUUUGUUUAGAUUCAAUCAGUUUUGCUAUUAUGAGGUUUUGUUUCAAUUAUUAGAUCAUGAGUUUUUUGGUACUUUUAGUACAUCUGACAGUAGUUAUUGAAAAUGAAAGACAUGCUGGCGAAUACCGCACAAAAUUAAAUUAGUCAUCGUUAUUUAGUAUUAAAAUAUUUAAAAGUCAUAGAUUUAAUGUAAAUAUUAAUUAAGUUCAUUAUAAUUAGGUUAUUUAUGUGAAUAUUUGUAAAUAUUUUAGGGUAGGAGCACAUUUGAUGCAUUGUUAUCCUUUCACUAAAGAUCUCUUGAAUUUUAUUGCCGGCAGACGGACGUAACGAACUGAGCUGUUUCAAAGAAAAUUGAACAUUAUUUAUAAUUACAAAUAGUUGUAUAUCGCUUUGAUAAAUUAAUGCAAUUAGGAUGUUAUAAGUGCCAUAAGAAAGGACACACGUUUUUAUAGGGCUCUGCAAAAAUAGUGUGUUGUCAAAUAUAACGUUGAGGCGUUUUUGUCAGCCUUCAGACUAAUAUUAAAGGCUUUUUGAAAAACGCCAACGACCCUCCCACAGAUUAAAAAUAAUUGUCUUUGAAAUGUGUCAAGUUCCGUUACCUCGGCAGAUCUUUGUACAUAGAACUCUGUUUUAACAAAAAAUAAUUUAUCCAUAAAAGUUAUUGUAAAUACAAGACUAUCAAAGAACAAAAAUUGUAAAUAUUUUUUCUACUUUUUUAAAAAGUCUCAUUAUCUGUGUGUUAUAAGGCUGGAGAUAGACCAAAGUGAUGACUUUGCCAGAGAGAAAAAUGGAGCCGAAGAUUUCUGUUUGUCGAUUAGAAAAUACCUUAAAUUAUAGUAAUUUUGGCGUUUUUUCAAAAGUUCAAAUGGCAAACACAAAUUGAAGGCGCUCCAUACAUUUCUUGCAGCAAAGUCCA